GUUACUUGAAGAUUAUAUAAAGAUCAGCGCUGCCUGAAAUCUGCGUCCCUCUCCUACAUCCUCCUACGUCACUUCCUUACCUUGAAAACAUGGCGUUACUUCUAAGGAUGGUGGCCCGGCAGGGUCUACGUCCAUCUCGGGCACAACUCUGUAGGCAUGCUGUUCCCAUGGGAACCUCAGCAAAAGAGGAGAUGGACAAAUUCUGGGCCAAAAACUCUCGACUCAACAGACCUCUUUCUCCUCAUAUAACCAUUUAUAGGUGGUCAGUCCCCAUGAUGAUGUCAAUCACUCACAGAGGAACAGGCGUAGUGCUCAGUGCAGGUAUUUCUGCUUUUGCAGCUGCUGCGCUAGUAUUGCCGGGCAGUUUUCCUUACUACUUGGACCUGGUCCACUCGUUCUCCAUGGGUCCAGCUCUCAUCACCACAGCCAAAUUUGCCCUGUCCUUCCCAGUGGCCUACCACACUUACAAUGGCAUUCGCCACCUGAUGUGGGAUGUCGGUAAGGGCUUUAAGAUCCCUGAGGUCUACCAUUCUGGCUACAUUGUUAUUGCUCUGUCCAUUUUCACCUCAGUCGCCUUGACUGCACUCUGAACCUGAUGUAGUAAUGAAGAAGAAAGUGUUCAAAAAAGAAUGUGAGAAACAGAAGGAGAAUGACAUGGUUUUUGUUUGUGACUGUCUUUAGAUGCCCCCUGUGGCCCUGACUCAUUAAUAAAGGAAAUUUCUAAAUUAAGAAAUAUCUAUACAUGA